GAAAGGAAUACCGGAGUAUGUGAGAGUGCUUUAGAGCUGUCACUAGUGUGCACACUCAGUAACGGGCUCGGAUUUAUGCUUUAUACACCACAAUGAGUGACCAACGUUAUCCUCUGAACGUCCGAAUAAUCGGCAUCAUGUAUAAAGGCAAGAGCAAAUUGUACGUGGCAUCUGUGAUGUGGUCGGAUGAGACUGACGUGAUUGUAUACAGGUCCCUCCAAGACUUCAAGCAACUUCACAGGCAACUAAAGAAGAAAAUUCAAAUGGAAAACUCAUUUCGCCAGCAAAACAGAGUGCUGCCCAGAUUCGGAGGUUUCCUGAUGAAGCUGAACCUCCAGAGGAAGACUCCAGCUCAGUGUGUGCAGCGUGUAAAGGCUCUGGAGUGCUACUGCACAAAGCUGCUGUGCUGUGAGCCACAUAUCUCUCGAUCCUCUGAUCUCAUUCAUUUCUUUAUUCCCAACGAAGAAGAGCUGCUUCCAGAGUUUGUGCAAAACAGCAUUAUGGUUUUUCAACCAGAAGAUAACCCUAACAGAGUUGACCUGAGCAGUAAGCGUUUCAGUGUUGGGAACGUGUCCCAGCCAUAUAUCACCAAACUGUAUCGGUGUGUAGCUCCAUAUGAGACCAAAGACACUAAAAACAGACCAUUUAGUGUAAAAGUGGAUGAAAAGCUGGAAGUUCUCAUUAAAGAUAAAGCAGGAUGGUGGCUGGUAGAGAAUGAAGAGAAGCGUUUAGCCUGGUUUCCUGCUCCCUAUUUGGAGUUGUGUGAGGAUGAAGAAGAGGGAGAUGAUGAGUUUGACAUUGAAGGUGGUCAAAUGACUCUUUACUGUGCUAUUAAGAGCUACACCUCUACCAUGAUGGAUGAGCUAUCGGUGUACAUCGGAGCAGUGGUGAAGGUUAUUCAGAAGUCUGAUGAUGGCUGGUGGCUUGUUAGAUAUAAUGGAAAGGAAGGUUAUGUGCCCUCUAUAUACCUGCAGCCAUACACAAACCCUUUGUUUAGCAUGCGGAAAAUGUUGCACAGCUCCAACCUAAACCUGUCCACUUUAUCAACCAUGCUGUCUCACCCCACCAACAAGUCUAACUUCCGCAAGUCCCAAUCUAUGGAGAUGAUCUCUGAACUACCUGGCUGCAGUGCUCCAGUCCAACGUGACAAAUCCAACAGCCGCAGUAGCAGCCUAAGCGAUGACACUGAUUUCUGCUCCAGCUCCUCUGUUUCACUGGGCCUGAGUCUGAAUGGCUAUGAAGAGGAAGAGAACCCAAGACAGUCAGAUAUAGAUACAGAAUCAGACAGUCCUGACAGUGCUCUGAGUAUGGCGAGCCAAAGCCCUACCAAUUCUGAAACCAGCAGUCCUUCCAAACACCACCCCCAGGUGCCACCUCGUCCACAAACCCAAGAGAUUCUCACCCGCUGUACCACUUACACCAGAAAAUCAGCCCUGGAAACCCAAGCUCGCCUAUUUGAUAGAACUGAGACUGUGAAGGCCCUGUGAAAGAAUAGCAUAUGUUUUUUUUAACAAAUGUUUGGUGAUUCUGGACUGAUCCCAUGCUAACAUAUGAUACUAUUAUUUCUGUCUUGUACAGUAAAUAUGUUUGAAUACCA